CUUAUGGAGUAACAAAAAAAAAAAAAAAAAAAAAAAAACUCUUUCCCUUCUUACUUCAACAUACUUGUUUUCUUGUUAAGUCUAUAACAAGUUUCUAACUUAUGUCUCACGGACCUCCUCGCGCAUAUUCUUCGCAUAAUUAUUCCGCUAUAUCACCGAAUACAAUGGCUCGACAACAAGUCAUGAACAGUCCACAGUCGUUUCAACAGACUGUUUCUGAUAGUCCACCUACAACUCUAGGCCAAAUAUCAAGCAAUAAAAACACAAACAAUAGCGCAUCCAACAGUCCAGGUCAUAGCGGAGGCAGAAUAACAGCAGGAUCAACACAAGAAACGCUUUAUUGUGAUAGUUGCCAGACCUUUCGACACAUUUCUUUUUUUCCUGAGAGAGAUUAUAAGUAUAAUGUAUGUAAUAUAUGUCGAUCACGCGAAAUGCAGAAGAGAAAGCAACAAAUGGAAAGAUUUGAAAUGUAUGAGGAACAACAGAGAAAUAUAAAACAAGCAAGAUAUAUCCAAUAUAAUGCUCCUUCUCCUUCCUCCACUAACUCCUCUCAGCAGCAAAUACAUUCACCCACUCCUAUCAAUUUAAAUGGGAAUACGAAUAACAGCAAUAAUAACAGUAGUAGUGGCAAUAGUAGUAGUAACAGUGCAGGAGCCAAUGCAGGUAAAUGUCAGCCUUUGUUAGGUUGUAUACUGAUAACACUUGUUAUAGGACACAUUGCGAAUAACAACAAUAGUAAACAGUCAUUCACACCUCCGAACAAUCUAUCACAAAUGCAACCUAGCUUACAAUCGCAGACAACAACACCUCUUUCUUUACCUUCACAGCAACAGCAGCAGUCAAAACGCGAUGGUUUAUUGCAUCGACUGGAGAAGUCAAAAACACCUGAUCAAAACAAAAUACCUUCUUCAUCAACUAUCAUUACAACUACGUCAAAAAGAGCUAGGGAAUCCGCCCCCAAAACGCCAUUGCAAAUACCAUUACCACUACCUCGUCCUCAUCAUAAACUUACAUCUACAGUGGCCGAGCGAGCUACUCAAAAUGUGAUUAGUUUGGAAGAAUUUGUACGAGAAUUAGGACAAGAAACAGAGUUUGAUAGAAAUCAUUACCAUGUCGACAUUCGUCCUUUAUUAGAGAGUUUAGGAAGCAAUGCAGGAUUCACACAACUUGGUCGGGCAGUUUGUGAGCGCGUAUUGGAAGGCACAAAAUUUAAUUUCAGGUAAAGAAUAACACCAAACGCCAAUUUGACCUAUUCUUUUUUAGCUUGAAAGAUCGUAGACGUUCUACCAAAAACCCAGAUACCUUAUCCACAUUACGAUACUAUUGUUCUCAGAGAUCAGAUACAGCAAGACCACGAAAGACAGAAAGUACAAAAGGACAAACUAGAUAUGAUUGCGC